CGGCCAGCGCUCGGAAUACACGCGUGCAAAUGUCUGUGGGGUUAUAAAUAAAAAUGUCGGUAGAAAGCGGUGAAAGAAGACUUGCGUCAUUGCUAGAUGAAGUUUUAGACCAUUCUUCAGAUGAAGCCAGCUUGUCGGAAGUAUCCGAUCAUUGCAGUGAACAUGAACAGGAAUCCGAUACGCAAGACAUACAUUUGGAAUAUGAAGAGAGCAGUGAAUGGGAUUCGGACGAUAAUAUCCCUCUUUUAGCUCUGAGGACAAGUCGUCGCUCUACAGUAAGCACCCAUGCACCUCACUAUAAAUCUAAAGAUGGCCAGAAGUGGUUCAAGCAAGCUCCCCGUACCAAUGUACGAAUUAGGUCAGAAAACAUUCUUGAUGAGCACCCUGGAGCCAAAGGUAUAGCGAAAGAUGCAAAAACUGAAGGUGAGUGCUGGAAUAUAUUCUUUACAGAGGAAAUGAAGGGGAUUAUAUUAGUGCACACUAACGAAGAAAUCUUGAGACGACAACUACUUUGCAAGGACCCUUCAAGACUAUAUUUUAUGAAAGAAACGACCUCUUCAGAACUCGAUGCUUUUAUUGGGUUAUUAUACAUUGCUGGUUUAAUCAAGUCAAGCCGUCAGAGCCUGCAAGAUUUAUGGAGGACAGAUGGAACAGGAGUCGACAUAUUUCAUACUACCAUGUCAUUGCAACGAUUUUAUUUUUUACAAAGUUGUAUUCGUUUUGACGAUAAAUCUACGAGAGAGGCACGAAAAGCGUUAGAUAAUAUGGCUCAUAUUAGAGAGCUUUUUGAUAAAUUUGUACAGCGAUGCCAAGAAGUCUAUGUUCCACAUGAGUAUAUGACCAUUGACGAGAUGUUAUUGGCCUUUCGGGGACGCUGCCCAUUUCGAGUGUACAUUCCAAGCAAGCCUGCAAAAUAUGGCAUCAAAAUUCAAGCACUUGUUGAUGCUAAAUCUUACUACGUUUUGAAUUUAGAGGUAUAUGCAGGAAGGCAGCCCGUAGGGAUGUACAAUCAAAGUAACAGCGCUUUUGAUGUGGUGGAUAGGUUGAUUCAACCGAUAUCGAAGUCAAAACGCAAUUUGACGUUUGACAAUUGGUUUACCAGUCACGAAUUAAUGAUGCAUCUGUUGAAAGAACAUAGACUGACUUCCAUUGGAACUGUGCGCAAAAACAAGCGAUGCAUUCCACCAGCUUUUUUGAAGACCGGAAAGCAACCAGGGAGUUCGACGUUUGGUUUCCAGAAAGAUAUCACUUUAGUCUCCUAUUCUCCUAAAAAGAAUAAAGUGGUAAUUGCAAUGUCCACUCUUCACCACGACGGUAAAAUUGAUGAGAGUACUGGAGAUAAGAGAAAACCGGAAAUGAUUACUUUCUAUAACUCAACGAAAGCUGGAGUAGAUGUUGUCGAUGAACUGAGCGCAACUUACGAUGUCUCUCGCAAUAGCAAACGCUGGCCAAUGACGAUCUUCUAUGGACUUUUAAAUAUGGCAGGUAUCAAUGCUAACAUAAUAUUUCAAGAAAAUGCCAACAAAACGACUAAACGUACAGAAUUUCUCCGCAAUUUGGGAUUAAGUUUGGUGUAUACGCAUUUGCAGUCACGAGGAGAUAAAAAAAAUAUUCCUGUGUGUAUUCGCCAGAAAAUUUCUUCUCAAAUUAAUGUACCGCAGCGCCCAGUAGUCCAAAAUGAACCUGGAAAAUACACUCGUUGUGUAGAUUGCUCACGCAACAAAGAUCGCAAAACAAAAUACGCAUGUACGGGGUGUGGAAAGGCCAUAUGCCUAGAACAUGCAAUUUUUUCUUGCAAAAAUUGUGCUGAUUUUGACCAAAAUUUCUAAGGUGUUUCUAGCCUAUUUUCUAAGGUUUUAUAUUUUUAUUUGGUCUAAGAUCUCAUGUUCUUUAAGUUUCAAGGUUUUUUUUUUGUUAAAGUAAAACUCGUUUUUUUUUGUGAUUUUUAAAAAAGAGGAUGAUAUUUUUGUUACUAAAAACUAGUAUUCUCGAUCUCAUUCGAUUAAUUAAUAAAAAUAUGUAAAAUAUACAGAAUUUUUCAUUUUUAUUCCACGCAAAUAAAUGUAAAAUAUAAUAUACACCUCUCAUUUCAUGUAAUUUCAUUGAAAAAACUAUUUUAAAUGCGGAUUUGUAUUGGGGUAUGUCAUACCCCGCCACAUACCAUAUGUAAGUUUUCUUCACCACACUCCCGCCGGGUUAAGUAAUCCUUUUUUUUAUUUUUCCAUAAUUCUUUUAUGCCUACAAUAACUAAAAUGUUUGACCGGUUUUCUGUUUACUUUUUAUAUAAAUUUGUAAGUAAUGAAAUGCAUAUAUUAUGAUUGUGUUAACUAUAAUUAAG